ACAGAAGCAAGGGCUUGAGUCGAGCUCUGGGUUGGUCGUCAGAGGAUUAUGUUUAAUACUCAGUUGAGAAAGUGACCGUAGCAGGAAGCCAUGGCCUGAUGGGACCAUUUUCAGCUUUUCCAGGUUUGAUAAGAUAGGUUUGUGCUGGAGUGUGUGGCAGAACUUUAAGAGAAACACAGAGUGCUGCACAGAGAGGAAACUAGAUUGGUGUUUUCUUAGUGCUGCAGCCACAUAGAAGGGGCUCUUGGGUUAUAAAGCAAUUCAGGGCUUGUGUGGGCUACGGAAAAAUGAGCUUCCUUGUAUCCUGAUAGUUCAAGCUCCAAAGUUUGCAUUUGCAAGGCUUGUCAUGGUAAAGCUACAGUUGUAUGCAUAUUGAACUUGGCUAGUUAAUAUUUAGUAAUUUGCUAUUUUCAGAUAAAGCCAAGUAGGGAGUUUUUCUCUUGUGGCUGUGUGAAUCAGUGUUUUAUCUCAUAGGUGACUGGAUUUCAGCCCUGGCAGGAGAAGUGUUUUCCUCUUCGGAAUGUGCUUAAGAAAUACCUGCAAAGUAAAGUUGCUUCUUUAGGCUGAGCAGAUAGGAGCUGCAAAAUGUUAAAGCAGUUGAAUGCUUUCCAUUGUAAGAACUCAGUUGUAGAGGUUUCUAAGACAUUAAGGCAGGGUUCAGUUAAGUGACUUUCUGACUUUGGUUUUUCUGACCUUGUGGGCUGCAGUUCUUCUGGUUGCCUUCCUCAGGCUGAGCAUUUUUUGAAGGCAACAACAGAAAACUUCAGAACAGCAAAGACAGUGAGCAACGUUAGUGAAUCUUGAGUUGUGAUUAGGUAAGAUUUAAACAACCUUGCUCUUUUUUAUUUGUAUUUAGCAAUUGCUGCUAACCUUCCCACCAGGCCUAUGGAGCCACAAGGGAUUGUAAAAGCCUUUCCCAAGAGGAAGAAGGUGAGGGAUGACUCAGGAAAAAGCAUCCCUACAAAGAUCCUGAAAGAGGAGGGAACAGAGAUACCUGACGCAGAGUGGCUGAAACCAGUCAUUGCCUACGUGCUGCAAGCCGGCAUUGGCCAGGCCAGGGCUGAGAUCUUCCACAGGCAGAUUGUCCAGAACGGGGGUGUUGUACACAGCCAGCUCUCCUCGGAGGUGACACACGUCAUUGUGGCUGAGGACAUGGACUGUGAUCGCGCCUUUCGGCUCCUCAGAUUAACCAAGCUGCGCCCAGGGCUGCAGCUGGUGAAGGCAUCCUGGCUUAGUGCUUGCAUUAGAGACCAGAAGCUGCUGAGUACUGCUGGCUAUGGCAUCUUUAUCCCUCACAGGUACCUAGAGGACGAAGAAUUCCAGAAAGAACAGCAACAGAUCCUGGAGAGAGAAAAAAUUCAGCCCCCAGCAGAGGAGGUAGCAGUGAAACUGAAUACUGAAUCACAGGUGGAGGAUUCCUCACAGCAAGGCUUGGGCACCCUUGGACAGCAGCAACUGGCUGAGAAAUACUCUAAUGAUGAAGACAGUGAAGGAGAAGAUGCUGGUGUCACCCAGGGAGACCUGGAAGCAUUGAUUUCUGGCCGCUACCCUGUGAAAUCAUCAGAGGAGAUCAAGGACACAGUGGCCCAGCCUCCCAGCAAGUGGGUUUGUGCCCAGUCUUCCAACACCAAGAAGGAAAAUCACAACCAGUGCAUCACAGAGAAGCUGGAAGUGCUGGCAAAGGCUUACUCUGUCCAGGGGGACAAGUGGAGAGCUCUGGGCUACUCCAAAGCAAUCAAUGCACUCAAAAGCUACCACAAACCAGUCACCUCCUACCAGGAAGCCUGUAAAAUCCCUGGGAUUGGGAAGCGGAUGGCAGAGAAGAUCCUGGAGAUCUUGGAGAGUGGGCACCUGCGCAAACUGGAUCACAUCAGUGAGAGUGUCCCUGUGCUGGAGUUAUUUUCCAACAUCUGGGGAGCAGGGGUCAAGACAGCUCAGAUGUGGUACCAGCAGGGUUUCCGGACACUGGAUGACAUCCGCACCAAGGCCACUCUGACCAGCCAGCAGGCUGUGGGGCUGAAGCACUACACGGAUUUCCUGGAGCGCAUGCCUCGGGAGGAAGCUGCAGAAAUAGAGCAGACGGUCAGACAAGCUGCCCUGGCCCUGAAACCUGGCCUUGUGUGUGUUGCCUGUGGCUCCUACCGUCGGGGGAAGGCCACCUGUGGGGAUGUGGAUGUGCUGGUCACUCACCCAGAUGGGCAGUCUCACCGUGGGGUGUUCAGCAAGCUGCUCAACAGCCUCCACAGGAGUGGCUUCCUUACAGAUGACCUGGUGAGUCAGGAGGACAAUGGUGAUCAACAGAAGUACCUGGGCGUGUGCCGCCUGCCCGGGCCAGCGCAGCGUCACCGCAGGCUCGACAUCAUUGUGGUGCCGUACCGGGAGUUCGCCUGUGCCCUGCUCUACUUCACAGGCUCGGCUCACUUCAACCGCUCCAUGCGUGCCCUGGCCAAGACCAAGGGCAUGAGCCUGUCGGAGCACGCGCUCAGCUCGGCCGUGGUGCGAGGCCCUGGGGGUGCCAAGGUGUCAUCUGGCCAUACUCUGCCCACUCCCACCGAGAGAGAUGUCUUCAUUCAGCUGGGGCUGCCUUACCGGGAGCCCUCUGAACGGGACUGGUGAUGCUUGGUUGUCACCCUGGGCUUGCUGCUGUGCUGUUGUUUUGAAGGAUCUGAUUUCCCCAAUGGUGGAAAGGCUCUGUGGUGCCUGCAGGCUGAGGAACAUAUCGCAGCAAACUCUGGGACUCCCUUGCAAGUGUGAGGCUGGCUGCUGGGCAGAGCUCUGUGGCUUCCUCAGCAGAGGCUGUGGGCUGGAACCACGCUGGAAAUGCUGUCUUGGUGUGGUUUCCAAAAGGGCUCAUUGCCCAGCAGCUACCUGGCCCUGCUGUCCCCAUCUUUGGAAGACUGGGCUGCAGAACCUUGUGAUCCAGGCCCUGACAGUGCUUGGGAGCAAGGGAAGUGGAAUUCCUCUUGUAUCUGAGCACUGAUACUCCGAAUAUAUGAACACUGAUACUUCCUCUGUAUCUGAGCACUGAGACUCCGAAAUUUCUGUUCUGAGCUGUGAAUGAAGGUAGCAGAGGUCUAGCUUGGUUCUGUGACAGGCCUUCCUCCUCACUUCUGCUGGCAGCUGCUACUGCAGGAGUCUCGAUGGGUUAACCUAUGCUGCUGCUGUGUCCUUCAGUCUGAGCUGAUGUGUCCUUUGAUGGGUCCCAUUGCACAGGGCCAGGCUGCCGUGACUGCUCCCAACCUUAUGUUGUGAGGAUCCUCCAGAUUUACUGAGAGUCCUGGUCUGCCUCAAGAGCUCCUUUCUUUUCAGUGCAGGAGCAGGGCAGAGCUUGCAGCUUGGGGAGCUGUGCUCAGGAAGGGUUUGAAUGUAAUGGCACUGAACGUAAUCCUGCAGGGCUGUGUGUCUGUCUGUAGGAGGCAUGGAUACAGAAACACAAGGAGACAGUUAAGUUCUAAUUGUGCCAAAGCAAAGCUUUUUCCCUUUUCUUUUGUUUGGAAGCCAUGGAGCCAUCUGGUCUUUGAUCAGGGAAAGUGUGUGUGUUUGUGUAUACAUGUGCAUGUGGCUGGUCCCACCAGUUCCAUGGGAGUGAAUUUUAUUUCUCAGGAAACCUCGACUAUUUUAUAUUGUGGAGAUGAAUUUCCCAGAGACAUUGAGUGCUCUGUUACAGGUAUUGCAGUGGUUGCUCCUGGCAGAGGUGCCAUGGUGGGCAUUUCUGUACCAGGACCCUGGGGCUCUUGCUCCCUUGUGGGGGAUCUAGCCCUGUCAUGUACAGUGACAAAGCUGCAUGUUUGCUGCUAGGGCAGGCACAAACCAGGUGGGUUUGCACAUUUCCUGUGGCUGCUGGGCACCAGCAGGGCUGGGGCUUUGCUGAGGUGGCCCAGACCCCAGCAGUGACAUUUGUCAGCCGAGCCUUUAUGCUGGACACCUGAGGGAAAUUAAUGUCUUUUGGCAUGUCUUGGUGCUUUGAAAUUUGAAGUGUAAUAAAUAAAUCCCUUCUCUUUG